AAAUCCGUUUCCGGCUGUCAGCGCUGUGCCGUUGAACCGGAGUUCAUAGUUUGAAAGUGCCGUUAAUGCAGUGUCUGAAGAUGAAGAGCUCCAAAGAGGCCGUGCAGUCUGCAGCCAAAGAGUUCCUGCAGUUUGUCAACAGAGGGGUGUCUCCGUAUCACGUGGUUGAAGAAUGCAAGCGGCGUCUGCUGCAGGCGGGCUUCAUCGAGCUGAAGGAGACGGAGCAGUGGGACAUCAAGCCGUCUAGCAAGUACUUUGUCACCAGGAACUUCUCCAGCCUCAUCGCCUUCGCUGUGGGCGGACGCUUCCUGCCAGGAAACGGCUUCUCCAUGGUCGGCGCCCACACAGACAGCCCCUGCCUCAGGGUGAAGCCGCGGUCCAAGAGGACGAAGCAGGGCUGCCUGCAGGUCGCGGUGGAGUGCUACGGAGGCGGCAUCUGGAACACCUGGUUCGACCGCGACCUGACCGUCGCCGGCCGCGUGAUGGUCAAGAGCGACGGCCGGCUGGUCCACCGGCUGCUCCACGUGGCCAGGCCGCUGCUCCGGAUCCCUCACCUGGCCAUCCACCUGCAGAGGGACAUGAACGACUCCUUCGGGCCCAACAAGGAGAACCACCUCGUGCCGAUCAUCGCCACCGCCGUCCAGGAGGAGCUGGAGACGGGCUGCGCGUCCUCCGGAGACGCCACCUGUGCUGUCACCACGGCGGAGAAGCACCACCCGGUGCUGGUGAAGCUUCUGUGUUCAGAGCUGGGCGUGGAGCCCGACGCCCUGCUGGACUUUGAGCUCUGUCUGGCCGACACGCAGCCCGCGGCGCUGGGAGGCGUGUACGAAGAGUUCAUCUACUCUCCUCGUCUGGACAACCUCCACAGCUGCUACUGCGCCCUGCAGGCGCUGGUGGAGUCGUGCUCAGGGGACUCUCUGGCUAAAGAUCCCAACGUCCGCAUGAUCACUCUGUACGACAACGAAGAGGUGGGGUCAGAGAGCGCUCAGGGUGCUCAGUCCAACCUGACGGAGCUCAUCCUCAGCCGCCUCUCCGCCACCGCCUCCAACCUCACCGCCUUCCAGCAGGCGGCGCCGCUCUCCUUCAUGAUCAGCGCCGACAUGGCGCACGCCGUGCACCCCAACUACCAGGAGAAGCACGAGGAGAACCAUCGUCCUGCUUUCCACAAGGGCCCGGUGAUCAAGUUCAACAGCAACCAGCGCUACGCCACGACGGCCGUCACCGCCUCCGUGGUCAGAGAGGUCGCCGGGCGCGUCGGCGUGCCGCUGCAGGACGUGAUGGUGCGUAACGACACCGCCUGUGGGACCACCAUCGGGCCCAUCCUCGCCGCCCGCCUCGGCAUCCCCGUGGCGGACAUCGGAGCGCCGCAGCUCUCCAUGCACUCCAUCCGAGAGAUGUGCUGCACCUCCAGCGUCCUGCAGAGCACCACCCUCUUCAAGGGUUUCUUCGAGUGGUUCCCCACCGUGAGGAGCCUGCUGGUUGUUGACUAGAGCCGGACGAACCACAGCCGAUGGAUGUCAUGUUCAACAUGGGACGUAAAGAAUAUCGACGUCUUGACUUCUGUAAAAAUCGACACACGUUCGUGUUGAAGAUGCUUUUACGACUCAUAAAUGUACGAUGUUUUCCUAAAAACUGAAAUCGUUUAGAAAAAAAAUAAAACUCUGGAUGUUUUUUUUCAUCAUCUCCUCUUUCUGUCAGAGUUCUCCUCUUUGAUUAGUUAAGAAUCAGGAAGGUUUCAUCCUGCAGGAGAAGCUGUGAUUUAUUUAUUUAAUAAAAUCCCAGCGAGGAUCCAGAUGUGCCACGUAUUUAUAUUUAUAUAUAAAUAUAUAUUUACUUUCAUUUAUAGAUUUAUAUAUAUAUAUAUACACACUUUAAACACAGCAACACAUGGCUUCACUUCCCCCCACCGCUUCCUCCAGUUGGUAUCUCCCGGACCUAUAAAUCGGUGGUCAUGGACCUUGGGAACUAUUUUGCCAGAUCACCCUGAGAAGAGGAGGCAGGUUCCAGAGAUCCCUGGGAGGAAGAGACCAGUAACAGGUAGGUUGUUGCAAUACAUACACACGCACCACACACUCACUGCAUGUCUGCAGCCACAUGGCUAUGUUUUACGCAGUAACAAAUGGGACACUCCCUGCAUUUCCUGACUUUUAGCAGGGAGAUCAAUGGACCACUUUGUGUUGGUGUAGCCAUGUGCUCAGACAUGCACUCUACAACAUACAUCCACACACGUGUGUGAGAGGUGGGGUUCCUUUACCCCGCCUCUCACACACCAUCUCUAUUCCAGGUCCCUGGACGGUGUGCAGCUGUUGGUCUGUAACUCGCCAAUGGACAUGGAGCUGACCCCCAACGUGGAGGUGAGAGGGCGGAGGAGCCGCUGCAGAAGGACGCCGGAGGAGCCGCUGCAGGAGGAGGCCGGAGGAGCCGCUGCAGGAGGAGGCCGGAGCAGUGGUGCGGCGAGACUCUGCUGCUCGUGGCGCCCCCUGCGGGACAGAAAGAAUACUGCAGCUGCCUUUUGGUUAUAUUUACAAGGCCUAUUUUUUUACCUGUUCAAAAUAAAUAUGAAUUUAUAUAUUUCA